GCUUCCCGUAUUCGGCAAUAUCCUCAAACAACCUCGCUGGCACCGACAACAUAUCGCCUGUUGCCAGCAUUGACUACUCCGCUUAUCGUCUAGAUCUGGUUAGGUUAGGACUACCCGCCCGCCGUUAUAUUAGCCCGCACAGGAGUUACCUCCGCACAGACUGAUAACUCGGCAAUUUCCUCUCCUAAUCCACACUGCGUCCUUUGUCUCAUCCUAUCAACACAUGGCAACACAUGGCAACACGCGGCCACAAAUAGAUCUUGGAUCAUCAUUCCCUUGUUUAGAUGAACUUGUCACUGUGGAAACGCCUUAGUACCCUUGGCACCUUCCCGAGGGACUUCUAUGGGUUGAUCUAGACCUGGGGUCUAUACAUAGUAAAACGCCAAAUUUUUGACUAUUUUACUCUUCUCUCCUUCUCUCCUUCUCUCCUUCUCUUCUUUCUCUUAAUUUCAAUCUCCUCUGUCUUGUGUUUCCUGUGUUUCUUAUUCCUUGCGAUGGUAACGUAAUAACUACUAAUUCUAGUCUGGUGUCAUCCUUUUUUCCAAUCAUACUUUAGACAAACUAGGACAUUCACCUAAAUCAAAAUGGCCGAUGACGCGCCAGCCCCACCAGGAGGAGCACCAGCUCAAGGGGAAGGAGGAGGAGGAGGCGGAGGCGGAGGCGGAGGAGGAGCACCAACUCAGGGAGGAGGAGAAGGAGGACGUCCGACAGAUGAAGGAGAGCACACACACGCGCACUAUAACCAAGGAUGCCCUUGACGCUCAUGUCAGUGGCAUUGCCACCCCCAUGAGUCGCCCACUUUCCCACCACAGUUUGGAUUUAGAUGAUUACUUUGUUGGCCCACGCGAUCUCGAUGGACAUUCGAAGCUUCCAUAUUUCAUGCGUAUGCAUGGCAGUGUUUUGCCGCGAAUGAUUAUACCUCUUUUCUGCAUUGGAGCAUGGGCCACCUUCAUUACCUGCAUCUGUGAAUUUGUCACAAAGCUCGGCGUUGACACUGUCCUUCUCACUGUUCUCGGUUUCGUUGUCGGACUUUCUCUCUCUUUCCGAAGUUCGACAGCUUACGAACGUUAUUCGGAAGGCCGCAAAACAUGGUGUACACUCAUGAUCCAAUGCCGAAACAUCGCCCGCUAUGUCUGGGUUCACGUCGAAGAGCGUGAAGGCGACCAGAGCAAGGAAGAUCUCCUCCAAAAAAUCACUGCGAUGAACCUGGUCCUUGGUUUCGCCGUCGCAGUCAAGCAUCGUCUUCGAUUCGAACCGUACGCUCAUUAUGAUGAUAUCGCAGGGCUCGUUUCCCACCUCGAUACCUAUGCCAAGGCUGCGUUCAAAGAAGAGCACUUGGAGAAGAAGAGAACGAGUACUUGGAAAGCGUUGGGUGAGAAGCUCGGCUUACCAUUCGCGCUCUCAAACCCCAGAAAGGAAAUGAAGCGAUCGGAUCGGCCUUUGGGUAAUCUUCCUCUUGAAAUUUUAGCCUACUUGAGCGCAUACUUCGAGGAAGUUUCCACGAAUGGUCAAAUGAAGUCAGCCGUGAUGGGGGGUCAAUUCCUGACCGCCCUUGCUGGCAUGACAGACACCGCCGGCAACGCGGAACGUGUCCUUACAACCCCCCUCCCUGUCGGAUACAACAUCCUGAUCUCCCAAAUCGUUCUCCUCUACAUUUUUCUGCUCCCAUUCCAGCUGUACGACAAGCUUAAAUGGAUCACAAUCCCCGGCACCAUUGCGGCCGCCUACAUCAUCCUCGGCAUCGCGACGAUUGGCGACGAGCUGGAGAAUCCCUUCGGCAAUGACGUCAAUGACCUCCCACUCGACCAGUACUGUGCCGAGUUGGGCCGGGAGCUAGAUACCCUGAUGAGCACGCCAUGUCCGAAGUUCACUGACCACGUCGAUCUCAACAAGCAUCUCAACCAGCCGCUAUGGCCUUUGAGCGCGAGCAGGUAUCAGGAGUGGAGGGAGAGGAGCGAGACGGAUAUUCGCAGUGCGUUGAGGACUAAAGUUGUUGCGGGAAAGGGAUCUAGCAAAUUCUAUGAUGUCAACUCCUCCAAAGUUGGCCACGAAAUCAUAUACAACGUCUUUUCAACAAGGAGCAAUAAAGCACAUGCUCACGCCAUCAGACCUGUUCGGAAGCUCUUCAAUCUCUCCUCCCUUCUAAAAACAGAACCACUUAUUGACACAACCAUUCAAACGCUCCUCUCCAAACUUGACUCCAACUUCGUUCUUGGCGAAAAUUCCGGGAAGACGUGCAAGAUGGACGACUGGCUUCCAUUUUUCGCCUGGGAUGUCAUUGGCCGUUUGACAUUUGGCGCGCCCAUGGGCUACCUGGAUAACGGUUGGGAUUUCGAUGGCUCUCAACGAUCUGGAACAGAAACUUUCUUCUAUUUCGCAUGUGUUGGACAGAUCCCUGAGCUGGACUACUUCCUGGCGAAGAACCCUGUGUGUCGCAUUGGGCCACCCGCUUUCAAUGGGCCGGCGAUAUUGUGUGCACAGCGAGUUGCUGAAAGACAGAAAGAGUUUGAAAUUGAAGGAAAGGCCGAUCAUCAAGACAUGCUUGAGGAUUUCAUGAGGAUCAACAGAGAGGACCCCAGCAUAAUGGAUGACAACGCUGUUGUAGGAGCACUCAUUGUGAAUGUUCUUGCCGGAGGAGAUACAACUGGUAUCCUACUCUGUGCUAUCAUCUAUUACGUACUCAAGGACCAAGUUGUGUACAGGAAAUUGAUGGAAGAGCUCGAUGCGGCGAAUUUGACAUGCCCUGUCAGCUAUGCGUCUACUGAAAAGUUGCCUUACUUUGAUGCUGUGGUUAAGGAAGCUGCUCGUAUGCAUCCCGGUGUCGGCUUGAUACUUGAGCGGGUUGUCCCUGCCGAGGGCCUCACGCUCUCAGAUGGCAGGGUUCUUUCUCCAGGGACUGUCGUCGGUAUGAAUGCAUGGGUGAUCCAUCAAAACAAGGAAAUCUUUGGCGACGACGCGGCGUCUUUUAACCCUGAACGCUGGCUGCGUGGUGAGGCAGAGACAGAGGAGGGGUAUCAGGCUCGGCUUAGCAUGAUGAAGAGUCAUGAUUUGACGUUUGGAGCUGGCAAGCGGGUCUGUAUGGGCAGAAGCGUGAGUAUUCUGGAGACAUAUAAGGUUAUGACUACCUUGUUUUUGACGUAUGAGAUUUGCGCCAUCGAAGUUAUGAAGUGGACUAUCACAGCGUCGCUGCUCCUGGCAGCCUUCAGCCAGACUGUUGUAUCUUACCAGCUCGAUGCUGCUUCAUUUAGCAGAUGUACAAUAGCGUGCCGAGAGUUAGAUCUGCUCCUAAGGGGCCGAGUCGCGCUACCUCAGAGCUCAACAUACCUGCUCGAAGAUUUCCAACACUGGUCCGCCCAGCAGUCCAGCCAACGACCAGCCUGUCGUGUAACCCCCAAAUCUGCACUAGACGUCUCUAUAACCUUGAAAACACUCAAGGGUAACAAGUGCAACUUUGCAGUCAAGAGCGGUGGACAUGCUUCAUUCGCCGGUGCAUCUAAUAUCGACGGCAGCGGUGUGGCUAUCGACCUGAGAGAUCUUAACAAGUUGAUUGUCUCACCCGAUAGGAAGCAAACGUCCGUGGGCGCAGGAAUGGUCUGGUCUUCCGUUUACAUGGAGUUAGAUGCUCAUAAUCUAAGUACAGUCGGAGGAAGAUCAGGCGGAAUUGGUGUAGGGGGAUUGACCCUUGGAGGUGGGAUUUCAUUCUUCUCUGGUCGAUAUGGAUUUGCUUGUGAUAAUGUCAACAAUUACCAAGUUGUUUUCGCUGAUGGAUCUAUCAACGACGUUAAUAAGAAGUCCCACCCAGAUCUCUUUUUUGCCCUUCGAGGAGGUGGCAAUAACUUUGGCAUUGUCACUCGAUUUGAUCUCGCUUCCUUUGAGCAGGGCAAGAUGUGGGGUGGCCAGCUUGCUUAUACACCCGACAACAUGCUCGCACUGAAUACAGCACUCUAUAAUUUCAAUAUCAACCACUACAAGGACCCGUACGGUGCUGUUAUCCUCGCCUACGUUUAUAUUCCAGCCCAAGAUUUUUUCAUUAGUAGCCUUGAUCUCGAGUAUGGCAAGCCCAUUGCUGAUGCGGCAAUCCUGGCAAACUUCACGAAAAUCCCCAGCAUCCAGAGUUCGGCCCGUAUCACCAACCUGACAGAUCUUACGAUUGAAUUAAACGCAACACAACCAUCUGGCUUAAGAGAGACAUUUUGGACGUUCACGGUUCGUAAUGAUAUUCAAAUCAUGACGGAUAUCCAAGCCCUGUUUGCAUCUCAAGUUCCCGUUAUUGCAAACGCAAGUGGCCUCCUACCAGCUUUAGUCUUCCAACCUAUCUCCACGGCCAUAACAUCACAUUUCACCGCAAACGGUGGUAACGCUCUCGGAAUAACUGACAAGGAUGGUCCUCUUAUCCUAAUCAACAUCUCCAUCGCAUGGGCAGAUAUUAAGGAUGAUAACCGCAUCAUGAAAUUCGCAGCCAAUUUUAUCGACAGCGGCGUCGCGCUCGCAAAAAGCCGAAAGCUGGAUCACAGAUAUAUCUAUCAGAACUACGCUGCUGCACAACAGGACGUUUUCCCUGGUUAUGGUCCAACCAACAAGGCGCGACUGAACGCCAUUCAAAAAAAAUAUGACCCAACGAACGUAUUCACAAAGCUGCAGCCGGGGUACUUUAAGCUUCGUUAAAUAAUACAUGAAUAUACAAGACGAUAGAAUACAUAGAGCAGUUAUGGUUUUGCUAUAUGGAUCACAAGCUUCGGCGUGUGCUGGGACUAGGUUUGAACCACCAAACUUUAAUUGGCGUUGCCCACCCACUGUGAAGGGUGAUCUAUUUAGUUUUGGCUCUACAAUUUAUACGAUAAUCACUAGCCAAUACCCGUUUCAAGAGGUCUCAAGCG